AAACAAUAAAAAUAUCAGUAUGGCCUGGCCUACAAUUAAAACCCAACCCAUCUCUGAUUCUGAUUUCUGAGUCUAUAAUUCUAUAUAAGUUCUCUUCCUUCCUGUACAUGAUUCUUGGUACAAGUUAACCAACCGAACUACCUUCUUCUUCUUCUUCUUCUUCUUCUUCUUAUAUCUUUCCCCAAAUACAAACACUCUCUCUGUCUCUUUUGGCUUCAGUUCUUCAAUUGAUAACAUGUCAUCUAUUCUUAGCUUAAGCUCUCAAGGUUUGGUCUUAGCCACAGCCAUGGUAGUCUCUAGCACUGUACUGUUUCUAGCUUUUACUAAGCAAAAAACUGACCUUCAACCUCAGACUUCCAAGAAUCUUGAUUCGCAAUCUCCAACUCAAAGUCUUCGUUCUUGCUUGUUAUCUUCGGAGGAAAAGAAAAGAGAGAAGAAGAAAAACAAGAAAAGAGUGAAAUUUGCAGAGAAUGUAAAGGACACAAAACGGAACGGAGAAGAUUACAGGAGAAAGAAAGGAAAAGAGAAUUCGACUACGAAAUUUGAUAGAAUUUGCAGAAAUGAAAUUCCGGGAAUUGAAAUGCCGGCUAAUAGGAUUGCUCUUUACAAUGGAAUUCUAAGGGACAGAGUACACAGAAUUGAAUGCUCAUACUAAUUUCUCUGAGUCUCUGUACAAUUCUGGGUCCAAUUAUUUUCUCUCUCUUUUUUUCUUUUUUAGUUGGGUGUAAAUAUUAGAAGAGCUUUGUCCAGAUUAUGGUUUUUUAAUGGUAGAUUUUGGGCAGAGCUCUGUUUCUCAACUAAUUUUCCAUGUUAAAGAUGUAUUUUCUUUCUUUGAAUUCCAACUUUGGUUUCUUGAAGUCAAAAUAUUUGUAUGUUGUUGUUGUUGUAGACUUUGAACCAUGAAAUUAUUCUUU